GUCGGCACCGCAGUCGUGUGUUCGAUGGUGCGACGACCGGAGCUUGGUGGAUUUGGCUCGCACGGAAAUGCGUCUCGGUUCGUUGUCAUGACAUACAUCCGUGAGGCCAUUUACGGAUUCGACGAUCGAUCGUUAGGAAUCUUCGACCGGCAGUUCGUUUCGUGCGAUCACCGUGGCCUGUCACCGAUAACGCUCGAUUGCGUUCAAACAAACCGAAACACCGAGUCCUCGACGCACGUAAACGAUAACAUCGCGAAUUCCGUAUAAUUUGCUGGACGAUAUUAACUCGAAAAUCUAAAAGGUUCGAUUCGCGAGUUCACCUUUGUUCGUGCCGUUCGAGAACGAUGUGCCUAUGGCUGACGCACUUUGAGUAGCUUAAUCCCGAACGAGGAUCGAGAGACGAGUAGGCGAAACACGGGUAACUGAAUCGAUUCUACGCACAUGGCUUUGCAUUAGAAACUCCAGAAAGUUGCACACGCUACGAGAAACGUUUCAGAGAGAGAAAGGAAGAAAAGUGUGUAAAAAAGACUUUAACGCAAGAUCUCGAGCUAUUUAGUAUUGCGUCGCGUGUUUUAUAUUUUAUUUGACGUACGACCGGAUUCGAGGCAACUCGUCCAAGUGACUGUGUUGUGACCGAACGUUGAGUAGAACUAUCGAUAUCGAGUUCGACGAUAGACGGAAGGAGAGGCUCUCUCGACGGAAGAGGCUGGUGGAAAAGGAGACGGACAGCGCGUGUCUCUAAUUUCCAAACAUCCGAGGAUAAUCAUCGCCGAGAUUGUUCGCGGCCAACGUUACGCAACAUGGCGACGAAAUACGCAAUAAUCGUCAACGAUGCAAGGAAAGAAUACGAGAAGGGGAAGCUAAUUCUGGAUGCUUUGAACAUGGCUGUUCCUAAGGGAUGCAUAUACGGUCUAUUGGGUCCCAGUGGUUGUGGCAAGACCACUCUGCUCUCCAGCAUGGCAGGCGUAACAAAAUUGGACAGCGGCGACAUUUGGAUUCUCGGAGGCAAACCAAAAUCUAAAGAAUCAGGCAUUCCAGGCCCGCGAGUGGGUUACAUGCCGCAAGAUGUGUCGCUGGUCGACGAGUUUUCUGUAAUCAACGCUUGUUACUAUUUCGGCAGGAUCAACGGGUUGGAUAAUCACAUAAUCGAGGAGAGGUAUUUGUUCCUGAAGGAUCUGCUGCAACUACAGCCCAGAGAUCACCUAGUGAGGAACAUGAGCGGUGGCCAGCAAAGAAGGCUCUCUUUCGCGGUCGCGUUGCUUCACAAGCCCGAAUUACUGAUUCUCGACGAGCCAACCGUCGGUCUGGAUCCAGUUUUAAGGGACAAUAUCUGGAACCAUUUGGACAAGAUCACGCGCGAAGAUGGCAUCACGGUUAUCAUCACCACCCAUUACAUCGAGGAAGCGAGACAGUCUGACACGAUCGGUCUACUGAGAAAGGGAAAACUGCUGGCAGAAACAUCACCCAACGAGCUACUGGAUAUGUUUCAGACAGACUCCUUGGAAGAAGCGUUUCUCAAUUUGAGUGCGCGUACUCAAACCAAUUUUCAAGACAGACCGCCUGUCUCGAUAGCUGAAAUGAACAAAAUGUUGACCGUGGAGUCCAUUUACAACAGCGGUUCGAGAAAUCACGCUCUCCAAUGGCGAAGUAGCGCGUGGAAAAGAUGCCACUCCCUGUUCAUGAAAAACUACGUGCAAUUUCUCCGUCACCCCGGGGGAAUCAUGUUCUCGUUGGUCCUGCCGCUAAUGCAGCUGGCGCUGUUGUUCUUCGCCGUUGGCAAGGACCCGACGGGUAUAUCUAUAUCCAUUGUGAACGACGAAGCUGGGGACUGCAAUAAUGGGAGAAAUUGGGGCAAUGUCACUUACGAUGAACGCGACGAUACGUGCAAAUUCGUGGAUCUCAGCUGUAGAAUGAUACACGGGAUCAACGACUCUGUUGUGAAAAAGGUGUAUUAUGACGACUACGAAGGAGCGGUGCGAGACAUCUCGAGACAGAAAAGCGUCGGAGUGAUGUAUUUCAGUAAAAAUUUCUCGAGCGCUAUGGCAGCGAAGAUUGAAGAAUAUUACGCAGUGACGGAGGAGGACCUCGUAGCUAGUCAGAUAGACGUUAUGAUGUACACGCCAGACAGACAAAUUAGCUUGUUCGUGCAAAGAAAAUUAUUAAAAAGUUUUUUUGAAGAAUUCAGGGAGAUCGUGAGGGCGUGUAGAAUUUCUCCAAAGUACGCGAAUUUUCCCAUACGUUUCGAAGAGCCGAUUUUUGGCGAGCUAGAUCAAAAUUACAUCACGAUGAUUUUUCCACCGUAUAUAUUAAUGCUGACGUUUAUUACAACGACGUCUAUGUGCUCGUCUAUAAUCAUAACUGAUCGACAUUCUGGCAUGUGGGACAGGAAUUUGGUUCAAGGUGUGAAAACUUGGGAGAUUCUAAUCACGCACAUCGUGUCUCAAACAUCGUUGAUCGUUGUUCAAACUAUAGUACUAAUCUGUAUAUGCUUUUCCCAAUUUGACGUGCACUGCAAAGGAUCGAUGAUCAUCGUAUGCUGCAUGCCACUGCUAUCAGGAAUUUGUGGAAUGUCUUAUGGUUUCCUGAUAUCAGUUCUGUGCACUUCGCAUACUCUCGUCAAUUACGCGUCUGUAGGAAGCUUUUAUCCAUUGUUUCUCCUCAGUGGACUCAUAUGGCCAAUCGAGGGAAUGCCAGAGGCUCUCAAGUGGAUCAGUUUAACCUUACCCACAACGCUACCAGGCAUCUCGCUCAGAGGUGUUCUGGAGAAAGGGACGCCCUUCGAAGAUCCGGAAGUCUACAGCGGAUUUUUAAUACUAAUAGGGUGGAUCCUGGGGCUCGUAAUGAUUUGCGUCGUUCAUCUAAGGAUGAAGACCACGUAGGACACGUGUGAUCGCGAUGGCGAAAGAAAUAGAA